AGCCAACCCGAUUCUGCUGGGAUAAGAGGAAGGAGGGUUCAGUGUUCUCGCUGCUUCGUGGAAAGCUCUUUUUGAUCUGUUUAGGUUAAGUUCCACUAAAACAGGUUAUCUGAGAGUCUGCCGAGAGUCCUUUUGGCCACAAUGAGUUGGGGGGCUCUCUAUGCUCAGCUGGGUGGUGUCAACAAGCACUCCACCAGCCUGGGGAAGAUCUGGCUUUCUGUCCUUUUCAUCUUCCGCAUCACUAUUCUGGUUCUGGCUGCAGAGAGCGUCUGGGGGGACGAGCAGUCAGACUUCACAUGCAACACACAGCAGCCCGGCUGUAAAAAUGUCUGCUACGACCACUUCUUUCCCGUGUCGCACAUCCGCAUGUGGUGCCUGCAGCUGAUCUUCGUGUCCACGCCGGCCCUGCUGGUGGCCAUGCACGUCGCCUACAGAAAACGAGGUGAUAAGAAAACCAUGCUGGCCUCCAAUGGCACUGAAAAGAUGACAGAUACUGAUCUGGAGACGCUGAGGAAGAGGCGUCUGCCCAUUACAGGUACUCUGUGGUGGACCUACACCUGCAGCUUGUUUUUCCGGCUCAUCUUUGAGGGGGGGUUUAUGUAUGCGCUCUACUUUGUCUACGAUGGCUUCCAGAUGCCCCGACUAGUGAAGUGCGAGCAGUGGCCUUGCCCCAACAAGGUGGACUGUUUCAUCUCCAGGCCGACCGAAAAGACCGUCUUCACCAUCUUCAUGGUGUCCUCAUCGGCCAUCUGCAUGGUGCUAAAUGUGGCCGAGCUGUUCUACCUCAUUGUUAAGGCAGUCAUGAGGUGCAUGGCGAGGGCCAGCAGGAGGAAACGCGCUUACACAGACAGCGUGACACGGGAUAACAAGAAGAAUGAGAUGCUGCUGUCUUCCUCCACAGAUUCGUCCAGCAACAAGACCAUGUGCUGAAGGGUAUGGUGAGCCAAAGCAAGAGAAGAGGUGUAAGCUGUAAAUCCAACCUCACAGUUUGUGUCUGCAUCUUGUUUCUGGGAUUCGUCUCACAGGAUGGUGAAAGGAUGGUGUUUUGGAGUUUGAAUCUGCAGGACUGAGUCUGUGUAGUUGGGGUUGACUGUAAGAACCUGACUGAGUUCUCCUAACAAUAAUCGCUGCCAGAUAGAAACAUAAAUAAUAAAAACAAGUGUCAUGGGUAAAAUCUGCCUGAAGACUGAGCCUACACUGACAUCUAGUGGUGAUAGUGGGACCUUAACGAGUUCAAGCACCUGAGUUGACAGAUUUUAAGUGAGAACAAAUGAAGUUUUGAAAACUGAAGCAGAGCGUGUUUAGUGUUUAGUUUACAAGAGCUGAAGUAUGUUUUCAAAUGUGGUUGAUUUUAAAUUUGCAGUAACUGAUAAAAGCGUGUGUGUGUGUGUGUGUGUUUUAUGAUUACGCUGUAUUGAAUCAAGUCUGAUUUUUCUGUGUGCAAAAUCAAUUCUCUUUGAUAAUCUUCACUGUUCAGUCGAUUCAGAGGGUCUUUGCUGGGUUUGCAAAUGUUCCUUUACAACUUAAACACACUGAGAAUGUGCUGCAAAAUUCCACACAUGCGUACCAUUUCAUCAAAAUAUGAAGAAUGUAUAUGUUUGUACUGUACCAGAUGUUUGCUCUUCUCCUGCCAGCAUGAAUCAUCCUGAACAGAUCGUGCUGCAUACAUCUGAAUUAUUGUCUGUGAAACUGAAACUAAUGACAUGACACAGGAGUACUGAUUCAUAAUACUGUGCAUGCUUUUAGGUAUUAGUCUAGCAAUAUCGGACUUUGUGUUUUCCAAGUUUGUUCCUCUUUUUUUUGUCUCUAGUUGUAGGUUUUAUUUACUCCGACAACUUCCCAAAACUGCUCUUGAAAGUUUCUUAAAGACGGACAGACUGAGAAACGUUUCCUUCACAGUCUCCAUGUGGCUGACUGUCUUCGUCCUGCUUUGUGAAGCACCAAUCAGAAGUUGCUCUUCUCAGCCCGGACCUGCUCCCGUGUUACUGGACUUGGACUUGUGUUGUUGUUCUUGACACCAGCUGGCUGUAUCAGUUUUCAGCAUGUGCCUUAUUUUAGCCACCAAACUAAUUACCGCUCGCCCUCUUGAUGGUAGGAACUGUGGCCGUGAAAAUGUCUUUGUCCUCCUUCAAUCCAGGAAUAGCCGAGUCGGAUUAGUCGGAUCUGUCAAACCGUUAAGACGUGUCGGUUCCAACAUUAGUAAUAGAGCACAAUGAGCUGCGUGCUGAUGUUACAUAAGUCAUGCAGCUGGGACCAAAAGUAUUCUGUAUGCUUGCUCUGCAUUGACCUUUGACCUCUUGCUUUCUGUAACAAGCCUAAUGACAUUUUUGAUGCCACAUUUCUUACAGCAGCGAUGUACUUACUAUUGUUUUUAUGGGAUAAUCCUGAUUAUUCAUAU